UCAUCUCAGAUAAACUCACCACCACCCUCUCUCUCUCUCUCUCUACCAACGAAGAAGCUUCCUUUGAUUAAACUCAAAAGAUCUGCCCUUUAGGGAUACCCAGAUCUUCCCUCUCUCUAAAGUCUCCACCUUUAACGCGUUUUCCUUCUCGAAACCUUCGCCGGCGAAUCCACCUCGUCGGACAUAGUUCGACCUUUUCAAUUCGUCGAUUCUGCUUUCAAUUUACUGAUCGACUGAUUAAGAAUGAGUUACUGGUUCUUCUGAGUCUCUCUUUAUCUGAAAAGGUUUCGCUUUACGACACUUCAAUUUACCCUUACUUGCUCAAGUUCUUCUUAAGACUCGUACUUAUGGCGAUUAGAAUUACUUUCACCUACUCCACCCAUGUUGCUCGGAAUCUCGCCGGGACCCGUGUGGAUCCCGGCGGCGAUCUUCGUUGCUGCUUCAAGUCCCUGGUUCGUCCUCGGUUCUUCACCAACAAGCGUGAUUUCGAUCGAUCUCCGACUCGAUCUGCGUCCAUGUAUGGUAGCGUCGCGAGGGAGCUCAUCAGAGAAGGAAGUCAAAGUCCGCUUGUGAUGGGUUUGAUCUCGAUCUUGAGGUCAACGUCGGCUCAUGAGUCGUCGUCGUCGUCGUUAAAUGUUUUGGGGGUUUCGUCUUUCAAGGCUUCUUCUAUUAUUCCGUUUCUUCACGGGUCGAAAUGGAUGAAGAAGGCUCCUGAUAUUGAUGUGGACAGAGGAGGAACGGCGUGUGGUGGUGGUGAUGAUGAUGAUGAGCAGGAGUUUAGUGGUAAGGAUUCGAGGAGUGGAGGAGGAAGUGGAUGGGUUAAUAAGCUUUUGGGUAUCUGUUCUGAGGAUGCUAAGGCUGCUUUCACGGCGGUUACUGUCUCUAUCCUCUUCAGAUCGGCUCUUGCUGAGCCAAAGUCUAUUCCUUCUGCGUCUAUGUACCCUACCUUGGACGUUGGUGAUCGUGUUAUGGCGGAGAAGGUUUCCUACUUUUUCAGGAAGCCAGAGGUGUCAGAUAUAGUAAUUUUCAAGGCUCCUCCAAUUUUGCUGGAACAUGGGUACGGUUGCAAUGAUGUUUACAUAAAAAGGAUAGUGGCAAGUGAAGGUGACUGGGUUGAAAUUCGUGAUGGGAAGCUCCUUGUAAAUGACAUUGUACAAGAAGAAGAUUUUGUCUUAGAGCCAAUGUCGUAUGGAAUGGAACCAAUGUAUGUCCCUAAAGGUUAUGUUUUCGUCCUUGGAGACAACCGCAACAAAAGUUUUGACUCUCACAACUGGGGUCCGCUUCCAAUAGAGAACAUCAUUGGAAGAUCUGUGUUCCGGUAUUGGCCACCGAGCAAAGUAUCAGACACCAUAUACCACGACCAAGCUAUCCCAAAGGGACCUGUUGUUGCAGUUUCAUGACAAAAUAAAGGUGGAUGCUUCUUAAUAUUAUUAAAGCACAAGAUUGUGCAAAACCAGUCUGGUCAGAAUUGGGUACACUUGGAACUGAAAACUCAACACGUUACGAUAUCUGCAGAUACAUACUCUGUAUCGUUAUGGAUCGACAUCUGGUUCUCUUAGCAGAUGGUCGGGAAGCCGGAGAAAUUAUGUGUAUAAAAGGAAUGGAAGAUGCAAACAAAGAAAAGAUAAGAAAGCUUUACUGUGAUUGUUGUGUGUUAAACCCUGAAUUCAAGACACUGUUGUAAAGCCGUAUAGGCAAUUGUCAAACACGAAAGGGUUUUUUUUUUGUUUUUGUUUUUGAGUUUUGUAGAAAAGGAUCGUGUGUGUAAUUUACCCGUGUUGUUGUAAGAAAAAAUAUGAAAUCUUUUUGUUAUGAUAAUAAGUAAAGUGUUAUAUCUUAAUAUU